ACGAAGAGAUCUCAACCUCCACUUCCUGCUUAUUCUCUUCCUCCUUCCAUCAUUGAAUUUUCUCAAGCUUUUCACUCACUCCUCCAAUCACCUCUCUGCAAAAGUUAGGGCAAAAUUAGAUCUCUAAGGAGGAAGCUUGUUCUACGCUCACCUCCGCUGGUUUCGGUGUUUUCAUUCGAAGUUGUUUCAGCAAACUUUUCUUGUUUUUUUGUUGUUCUUUGUUUUUCAUGCGUCUCCUUUAAAUUAUACCUGCAAUGGACUCGAUAUGGAGCCACAGGAGCGCGCCAGAGGCUUUACAUUUUGUCAUCGCCAUCCAGUUCGCCUUUAGCUUCUUUGCCGCGAGGUUCUUACUCGACAGAUUCAUUUUUCGUAGGUUUGCCAUUUGGCUGUUGAGCAAAGGAGCUGCUCCACUGAAACUUGAUGAGGCUACCCAGUCAAAGAUUGUAAAAUGUUCGGAAUCAAUGUGGAAACUAGCAUACUAUGGAACUGUUGAAAUAUGCGUUCUAAAAAUUGCAUACAACCAACCAUGGUUUAGAGAUUCAAAUCAAUACUUCAAAGGCUGGCCAAAUGCGGAGUUGCAACUUCCUCUAAAAUUGUUGUAUAUGUGCCAAUGUGGGUUCUACUUAUAUAGCAUCGCUGCACUUCUUAUAUGGGAGACUCGGAGAAAGGAUUUCUCCGUCAUGAUGUCUCAUCAUGUAAUUACUGUUAUCUUGAUCGGAUACUCAUAUAUUACGAGAUUUUUCCAGAUUGGAUCGGUUAUUCUUGCGCUCCACGAUGCAAGUGAUGUCUUCAUGGAAGCUGCCAAGGUUUUUAAAUAUUCUGAGAAUGAACUUGGAGCAAGUGUCUUCUUUGGAUGUUUUGCCAUUUCAUGGCUCAUAUUGCGUCUUAUAUUCUUUCCAUUCUGGGUUAUAAAAGCAACAAGUUAUGAUCUCUGUGAGUACUUGAAGCUAUCAGAUGUGAAUUCCAGAUCGAUAUACUAUGUUUUCAACACAAUGUUGUUGAUGUUGCUUGUGUUCCACAUAUACUGGUGGUUACUCAUAUGCUCUAUGAUCAGUAGACAGCUGAAAAAUAGGGGGAAAGUUGGAGAAGAUAUAAGAUCUGAUUCUGAGGACGAGGAUUAGAUGAAGAUUGAAGAGUACUUUUUGGUAUUAUUAGUGAUGAUAGCUAUGGGGUAAUUAUUUUUGUAUUCCUUGUCUACAUUGGUUCAACGGGUUAAAGAAGUUACUUUCAUUUUCUCACUUCGCUUCCAUUUUUAGUGGUUAGGGAUACAGAUGUAUGUCCAUUGAGUGUAUCACUUCUCGAUAUAUUUAGCUUAUAAAUAGGAGAUUGGCGCAUCA